UAAGAAACUGUCGUGGGAGGCGGACGUGCUCAAGUGUCGCUCCAGAAAGCAACUAGACAUUCUGCUGUAAAUGCCAAACUAAUAAGAUUUAAAUUGAUUAAUUCACAAUUAAUAGAAUUUAAUUCGUGCGCGGCGUUGAUGAAUAUAACGGUUGUUCGCCCCGCAGCCGACUUAACUCAGUGUGUUUUCCCGCAAGUGCAAGAGUGUGUGGGUGUGCGCGAAACGGAAAUAAGAAAUAAACAAGAGCGACAACAACAACAACGCAACAAGAAGUGUAAGCAAAAGUGAAUAGGAAGACGAAAGAGGAAAUGCUAAAGUACAACAACAAGAAAUACACGAACAAAACGUCAGAGUGCAAGUGCAUCGCGUGAGUGUCUUACAGUGUGCGUGUGCUUGGGUUUGCAUGUGUGUGUGUUGAUGAGGCGGCGGAAGUAGAAAUAUUUUGACUUGUGUUCUUCUGCAUCGCCUUUUUAUUUGCUCCGCUUUGCGGCUGGCAUUCGUCGCAGUAAACGAAACGAAAACAAAAACAGAGAGCCAGGAUUAGCCCCAAAAGCACGAGCAACCACCGCCCACUUACAGCCCACCGCCCCCUUAAAAAAGAAACAACAACAACAAUGGCCACUUGGCGCGACGCCCUCUUCGUCAUCAGAUAACAACAAGAAAACCAUCGAAUUAACCAGCGACAAAAGCAAAAACAAAGCAAAGCAAAAAGUUAAAGCAUUCUGGGAUCUGGACAUAAUAUCCGCUUCCGCGUUGCGUUGCUUCUGUCGCAAAAAAAGCUCAAGAAUCGAAACGCAAACAGACAAAAUCACUCACAGUACGUCACCACAGGCACAGUGGAGCAAACAGAUAACCCAAAUUAAAGGCAACUAAAGUGGCUCCCAUUGACCCACUGAUACGGAUCCGCUGACCAGGACACUUCCUUACACACUGUGGCUGCAUGUCCAAAAUGAAAAUGCUCCCAGUACAGUUAUCGUUGAACUCGCUGAAUCCCGGCAUCUGGAGCGAUGUGCUCUGGCGCUGCCCCCCCGCGCCCUCCAGCCAGCUGGCGGAGCUGAAGACACAACUUCCCCCCUCCCUGCCCUCCGAUCCGCGCCUCUGGAGCCGCGAGGAUGUGCUCGUCUUCCUGCGAUUCUGCGUCCGCGAAUUCGAUCUCCCCAAGCUCGACUUUGAUCUCUUCCAAAUGAAUGGCAAGGCGCUGUGUCUACUAACACGGGCGGACUUCGGUCACAGGUGUCCGGGGGCAGGAGAUGUUCUGCACAACGUGCUGCAGAUGUUGAUCAUAGAGUCCCACAUGAUGCAGUGGCAUCUGCCCAACAGUCCAGUGACGCCGACCAGUCGUUAUCCCCUGUCGCCGCACAGUCACCCGCCGACGCCCACGUGGCCGCCACUGAAUGCUCCUCCGGAGAACAGUCCCUUCCACAGUUCGGCCCAUGGGCUGGCGGGUCAUCAUUUUAUGGCACCGAACUCUGUGACGCUGAGUCCUCCGCCCUCAGUGGAUUCCCAGGCGAGUAGUCCACCGCAGGCACCUUACCAAAACGGAGGAGCCACUGGAGGAGCAGGAGCCGGAGGACCAGCAACCGGUGCAGGAGUCCAAAACUCCAGCAAUCCCACAUCCUCGAGUGCAAGCAGCACCGGAAGCAAUGGCUCCCAGCCAAAUAUUAUGCCCAUGAAAGGAAUUAGCAGUGCCAGCAGUAAUCACUCUGACUCCGAGGAGGAGUACUCUGAGACCAACGGUGGAGUGGGAAAGAUGCCACCAGCAUCAUUGCCCUACAGCACGGCCAGUCCGCCGGGAACACCCAUACUGAAAGACAUCAAGCCGAAUUGGACGCAACAGCUCACGAAUAGUUUUGUGAAUUCGUGGUCCCAGCAGCAACAACAGCAGCAGCAGCAACAGGCAGCUGCAGUGGCUGCAGCAGCCCAGGCCCAACAGCAACAGUUGGUGCAACAGCAACAGCAGCAGCAACAACAACAACUGCCGCAGAAGCUGACCCUGGAUAAUACUGCUGGCCCAGUGGUGGCCCCCGCUGGAGGAUCCAUCUCCGCACCGACCACGCCCAGUUAUAUGUACAAAGCAAAGAGGGAGUUCUUCCCCGAGAACUCAGAACCCAAUACAAAUGGACGACUGUUGUGGGAUUUUCUGCAACAGCUGUUGAACGAUCGCAACCAGAAGUACAGCGAUCUAAUAGCCUGGAAGUGCCGCGAUACGGGAGUCUUUAAGAUCGUCGAUCCCGCUGGACUGGCCAAGCUGUGGGGCAUCCAGAAGAACCAUCUGUCCAUGAACUACGACAAGAUGUCGCGUGCCCUGCGUUAUUACUACAGGGUUAACAUACUGCGCAAGGUGCAGGGCGAGCGACAUUGCUAUCAGUUUCUGCGCAAUCCCACGGAGCUGAAAAACAUUAAGAAUAUAUCUCUGUUGCGGCAAACGACGCCGGCGAAUGGCAAUGGCGGUGGAUCAUCUAUGCCACAGGGCAGCAAUCAGGCGCCUGGAAGUCCUGCUAGCCAGAAUUGGAACCCCCAGCAGCAGCAACAAACACAGCAGCAAUCGCCCCAGCGUCCCGCCUCGCGGAAUGGCCCGAUGAGCCUUCCCGCCGUUGCAGCGGUAGCAGCAGCAGCUGCUGCGGCCUAUGGCCCACCACCCACAUCGCCGCUCUUCAUGCAUGCGAUAAAUGGAGCCUUCCACUACCUUUCGGCGGCGGCAGCUGGUCCGCCACCCAAUUCCCCUGCCUUGAAUACCCCAUCCGCUGUCGGAGGUCCCGACAAGUUCCAGUUCCAUCCUCUGAAACUGGAAAAUGGCUCGGGAUCAGGAUCGGAAAGCGCUGGCGAGGAUCUGAAGCCCACGGAUUUAAGUGUGAGCAGCAAAAGCAACGCCCCCAGCAACGAGGACUGCUAUCCACUCAUUCGCAAUGCUGACGGUCUGACGACCAUUAAGCUGAUACGUUACAAUGAUCACCAGGGAGCACCUUCGCCAGCGGAGCAGUCCCCCAAGCCAGAUGACCAGCAGACUGCCGCCUCCAAUGCUAGCAGCUCACCCAGGCCAAUGGAUCAGGCCAGUGAGCAGGCUCAGCCCGUGCCCAUGGACAGCGAAUGCAAUGCCGGCGAAUCGGAGGAUUCCUUCCGGCAUAUGCGGCAGUAGGCUGAGCAGUUUCCUGUGACAAUCACCUAACUUCUUCCAUCUUCCCCUCCCUCCUGAACACACAACAUUACCUGAGCUAAAUGAAAUGGGACCAGCACACCAAGCGCACAGACAUGUAGACAGAAACUCUGCUGGAUAUAAAUCUGGAGGCCUUUCGGUUAGGAUGGGUCGUUCAUAAUGAAAUCGAAACGAAAAACUGACAAAAUGUGGAAGGGGAAAGUAAUUGUUCGAGAAUUUGAAGCAAUUUGACUUAGGAAUUUAUCAUGUAAAUGAGAACGGUAGCAUUAUUCUUCCUUAAAUUAAAAUUGAAAUUUAAUAUUCAAUUUAUAAAUCAGAUUUCUUCAAAUUUAUCCUUAAAUCACUUUUUACUUCCACAUUUCUGGAAUGUGACCCGCCUGACUUUCUGUAUAUAGAAUUCACAUCUGCAUAAACAAACACACAAUCAUACAUACAUAUAUUUUCUACAUCAAACGUAUUUAUUAAGCUAAUCUAAGCGAAAGCAGAGUGCAUGUAAUUUCGUUGUUGUAAGUAGAUUUCUUGAGCCGGCGCAGCGCAGCCUUCGAUUAUGUGCCAAUUUCUACAUUUAUCAAAAAAAAAGCCUAACCAUCAAUCAUACGAGAAAUGAGUAGCGAUUAAGGAGUAAAAAGUAGCCAGUAGCGUAGACCGUAAGUGUUGCCACCUUUGAGCUUUACAAAUGUUGCCUCAACAAUGGUUUCAAAUUUAUGAAAACAAAAAAAACCAACAAACAUUGUUAAAAUCGAAAGAAAGUGAAGGAAAUAUGAAAUUUAAAUUGUUGGCGAAAUUGUUAAUUAAUAUACAAAUCAGCAUAGAAAGAGUUUUUGUAUACCAAGGCAAAUUGAUUUCUUGUGAUAACAACAGAAUUAUCUUUGAUUCACAUUGGCUGAAUUGUCCCGAAAAAGGAGCAGUUCCAAAAAGCAAAACUGAAACAGUUUUGUGAUCCUUCGAUCCUUCAAUCGAGGAUGGGGCUGCUCUUUCUUCACAGUCAGCCUGAAAAGAGAGCUUUCAAAAUUCAAUUUCAAUUGAGCCCCUAGCCCUAGAUACACUGCAACAAGAAAACACAUUAUAAACAUUUAAAAAAACAUUGGCUUCCAUUUUUAUAUAGCAAUGAUGAUACACACAAGCAUAUAUGUAUACACAUUAGUUUUCUAUUAUUAUCAUUAUUAUUAUUAUAUUAUUUUCACGUUAGUUUAAGGGGCUGCAAUUAAAUGGCAGCCCAGCAGCAGUUGCAGCAAAUGAAGGUGUUCAUUUAAGCAUUAACAACUUUAGUUUGUAAAACGCUUACGAUCUUACCACACACACCCCACCACCCACUCACCCGCUAAGAACAAUGAAACAAUAGAAAAUGUAUAUUUGAAGCACUUUUUAAUUAUAUUAAUAGAACGAAGCGAGUUAUGGAGAGAUAUCAUCAAUGCACGUUCAUACAUUUAGCCUGUAGUGCAACUGUAAUUAUUAAUUAUUGUGUAGAUCUAUGGUAAAGAUAAUUUUCUAUUUGUUUUUCGUACGCCUUAAGUUUAAACACCGCCAAUAGCUAAUAAUUAGCACUCUAGUGUCGCCACAAUACCUGUUCUUCCAUUGAAAACUUUAUCUUUCGAUCAAUACAUAAUUUAUAUAUGUAUAAAAAAAGAAACAAAUUUAUAUGCAAUAAAUAAAUUGAAAAGUGAAA